UCCCUGCAUCCCCAAACCAAACUGAGCCAAGACCAUACUGAAGAAAGCCAUCAAGCCCAAACGAGCCCUAAUCGCCCACGCACACACCAUUUCCGUGAGGUUUGAGCGAGGUAGGUCAAGCUUAGUGAGCCCUGAGCGAGUUCUUGCGUCUUCAAGGUAAUCUCUCUCUCUCUCUCUAGCCCCUUCACUGACUUUUUUUGUCUUAUAUUUUCUUGGAUUUAAGAACAGAGCUCCAUACCCUUUUAGUUUCUGGUCUCGAAUUGAGCCCCUUUUUUAGUUUCUCUUUUGUGGAAUAGGUUGUUAGGCAAGAGGGGUUCUUUUUCCACACCUCCUUGUGCUUCCUUUGUUCAGUGACCAGUAGAUCGGCUCGGAUUUUCGUUAAGAAUCAGGCUAUUUAUUCUCUCUAAAAAAAAGCCCCCCCAAAAAAAAUUCCAAGUAGAUUGUUAGAUUUGAUGGCCGAGGCUAUAAACCGUCCCGGGACCGGAGAGGAUCUGAUGCGACAACUCGAGCCUAUUAUCCGAGAUGCUCCGCCGCCUCAGAUGCCACCGGCCCUGCCGCCUUUCCCCGCCGGAGGCCACGGGUUACAAUACAACCAGGCGGCCCAGCUCAGCCCGGCCCAGAUGCAGUUCAUCCAGGCCCAGCUCCACCUGCAGCGGAACCCGGGUCUCGGCCCGCGGGCCCAGCCCAUGAAGCCCGGCGCCGCGGCGCCCGUGCCGGCGCCGCCCCGGCCGCAGAAGCUGUACCGCGGCGUGCGGCAGCGGCACUGGGGCAAGUGGGUCGCCGAGAUCCGGCUCCCACGCAACCGCACCAGGCUGUGGCUCGGCACCUUCGACACCGCCGAGGAGGCCGCGCUCGCCUACGACCAGGCCGCGUACCGCCUCCGCGGGGACGCCGCCAGGCUCAACUUCCCUGACAACGCCGCGUCGCGGGCGCCGCUGGAUCCCGCCGUGGACGCCAAGCUCCAGACCAUCUGCGCCACCAUCGCCGCGUCGUGCAAGAACGCGGGCGCUAGGGCCAGGGGCAGCAAGGCCACGCCCAUCAACGCGCCCUUAGUGACGGCGGCGUCCAGCCACUCGUCCUCCGACGACGAUGGCUCCGGCUCCGGGUCGGGGUCGGACGACGGAUCGGAGACGCCGUCACCGCCUCUGGCGGAGAUGGGGCAGCUGGACUUCAGCGAGGUGCCGUGGGACGAGGCCGAGAGCUUCGUGCUCCGGAAGUACCCGUCCUACGAGAUCGACUGGGACGCGCUCCUCUCCUCCAACCCUUGAUUUACUCAGUCAGUGACGCAAUCUAGUAGCUUUGUCGCCGGUGCAGAUGAGGUUUUAGGCAUUCUGCACGGCCCGUGUUAGUAGCUUUCUGUUCUUGUUCUAGCUGUUGGUCCCCGGACGGCCUCGCCGGCGUUUUUGUGACCGGCGUCUGUCUCGGGAUGUGAUAUUAGUGAGUGCACAACAUUGAUGGUAGGUCUGGUCUGUAAAAAGGAUCUGUAGGGUGUAAUCAGUCAUGUGUCGUCCAAAUGGUGCUAUACUUGUGCUGUUGAAAUUGCUAGCUCUAGUUCGUUUGUUUCA